AACACAUAGCAAAUCAUCAAUACUAGAAAUCUAUCACUUUUGCUUGAAUGACAACUUUUUUAGCUUAUUCAUUUAAUAAUAGCUUAUGAGCCAACAGCAAAAAGAUAGCACUACACUGAAUUUUCACGAAGAAAGGGCUUGUCUCUACUUAAUGCAAAGUCGUGGCGGCAUUAUUAAAAGUACCAAAUAAACAACCAGCAAUACAAAUUUCAAUAAAAUUUGAUAAACAUGCAAGUUUGUGUGCUACCAAUCAAAGCCUCAAGGAACUAACAACUGACAUGAAGCUAUUACCCCAUAUUCAUCCAUGAUGUCCGUCAGAAAAUUUGUAAGAGCAACAACAUGAAGCUACUUCCAUAAUUACCAAGAGAUGACACGAUAACCGUCAGAUAAUCCUAAACCCUAACUCAAAUACCUUUCAGAAACUUAACAAUCGCUUCAUUCACUCAAAUAAAUUUCUCUGAUUGUGUAGAAAUCUAAUUCGAAGCACGAAGGUUGGUUUUCUGUCUUUGUUUAAUCAUAGUCGCCGUGAGAUUCAAGAAAGGAAGUAAGGUAGAGGUAUUUGGCAAAAAAGAGGUCUCUACUGGUGCUUGGCUAUGUGCUGAAAUAAUAUCUGGGAAUGGACACACGUAUAGCGUCAAGUAUGGUUCGUUUCUGGUGAGUAAUGAAGCAAUUGUGGAAAGGGUGCCUAGAAAGGCAAUUAGGCCUUGCCCACCUCCUAUGCAAGGGGUGGAUACUUGGGUUCCUGGUAAUCUUGUUGAGGCUUUUAACAAUCUCGCCUGGAAAACAGCAAGAAUUGUGAAGGUUAUGGGUAUGAACUACUUUUGUGUUAGAAUACUUGGAUCAUCCAAAGGUUUGCGGGUCCAUAAGUCUCAUCUGAGGGUUCGACAGUGCUGGCAAGAUGGCAAAUGGUUUGUGAUUGGAAAGGGUCCGGAGCAUGGCGCCAUGCCUAUGGAUAAAAGACAAUCAUAUGCGUGGAUAAAGCAAUAUGUUGGAGAUGAUUCCAGUCUGGUGGAGAAAAUGACUGACAUUCCAAAGUCUUGUGUGGUUUCAAAUAGAACAUUGAAGAGAGGAUCACCAUUUGGCCUGUAUGAUCUAGAUGCUAAUUCAGUAGCUGCUCAAAAGAAGACUGAUUAUAAAAGAUGGUAGCCAUCAACAAAUUUUUUCAUUACACGAAUCUCCAACUUAUGAAAAGGUAGAUGCAGUUGUUUAUCCAAAUGAAUUAUUGGGUGAAAAUCAUGUGCAUUCUUCUCAUAAUAUUCCUACGGCUCAAUUUUCUAGAAUGGAUGAAAUUAGGGGAACUGAUAGUUCUCUUGUAGAGUCCUCAUUAUAUUUACAUACUGAUGAUUGUGCAUCCUCUGUUGCUAGUUCUAGUUCUAUGAGCAAUGGUGGACACAACUCAGCCUUUAGGUUUUCUAGACAGCACAGUAACAAUUUAGAGGAUUACUAUAGUGAUGCUGAAUCAUCUUCUGGAGAGGGUUAUGA